CCGAUGGUAAAUGGAAUUCCUUCUGUCAGUCCUCACCAGCUGCCUGAUAGAUUCCGGCAUGUCUUCCCGUACGACCUUUUCAAUGCUGUCCAAUCCAAGUGCUUCGGUCCAAUCUACAACUCCAAUGAUAACGUCGUGGUCUCUUCUCCUACGGGCAGUGGCAAGACUGUCUUGCUCGAGUUAGCCAUUUGCAGAUUGGUCGAAAACCAUCAGUCAGGCCAGUUCAAAAUUGUCUACCAGGCUCCAACCAAGUCACUCUGUUCUGAACGCUUGCAUGAUUGGGAAAAGAAAUUCAGCCACCUCAAUCUGGCUUGUGCCGAGUUGACUGGAGACACGCAUCAGGCUGAGAUGACUCGCGUCCGUAAUGCCUCGAUCAUCGUUACAACUCCCGAGAAAUGGGAUAGUAUUACUCGGAAAUGGACUGAUCAUGCUAAGUUGGUGCAAAUGGUCAAACUGUUUCUCAUCGAUGAAGUUCACAUUCUGAAGGAUACUCGAGGUGCAACCUUGGAGGCAGUGGUUUCUCGCAUGAAGAGCAUGGGAACCGAUGUCCGUGUCAUUGCCAUUAGUGCCACUGUCCCAAACUCUCCUGACAUCGCAAGGUGGCUCGGCAAGGAUCCUAUAAAUCAACAUCUGCCAGCUCAUCGCGAGGCCUUUGGUGAAGAAUACAGGCCAGUCAAGCUCGUAAAGUGGGUUCGUGGCUUUGAUGGUUCCCUGAACGAAUUUCAAUUCGACAAGACUUUAGAUGGCAAGCUCCCUGCCGUGGUUCAGCAAUAUAGUGAGAAGAAGCCUAUCAUGGUGUUCUGCUUCACCAGAAAGUCUUGCGAGUCUACUGCACGCAUAUUAGCUGAGCACUGGACACGACAGCAUGCUGCGGAUCGAGCAUGGCCUGCACCUCCUAAGAAAACUGCUGUAAGAAAUGGAGAACACCAGCAAUUAGUCAAUUGUGGUGUGGCUUUUCACCAUGCUGGUAUCGAUUCGCAAGAUCGUCACGCCAUCGAGACAGCGUACCUCAAUGGCAACAUCAGUGUUAUCUGCUGCACAUCGACUUUGGCUGUAGGUGUCAAUCUUCCAUGCCACCUGGUGAUUCUGAAAGGCACUUCUGGCUAUCAAGAGGGUGGUAAGCUCUGCGAUUACUCCGACUUGGAUGUCAUGCAAAUGCUAGGUAGAGCUGGACGACCACAAUUCGACAGUAAAGCUGUAGCUGUCAUCAUGACACAUUCAAACAAAGCCAAACAAUACGAGAAAAUGCUCUCAGGACAGCAAAUCCUUGAGAGUACCUUGCAUCUCAACCUGAUCGAGCAUCUGAAUUCUGAAAUCAGCUUGGGCACUAUCAAGGACUUGUCUCAGGCAAAGAAAUGGAUUCAGGGUACCUUUCUAGCAGUCCGAAUGAGACAAAAUCCUGAUCAUUAUAAGAUGAAGGACGUUGCAGACGGUUGGAACAUUGAAAAGCGGCUUGAACUUGUUUGUGAAAGGGAUAUCAAGCUUCUACAAGAGCACGGUUUGGUUGGUAUUGGCGAGCGCUUCUUCAGUUGCACUGAAUACGGACAAGCUAUGUCUAGGUACAUGGUGCAAUUUGAAACAAUGAAAGAAAUAUUGAAUAUCCCGAGGCUAGCGAAGAUGGAGCAAAUUCUUCAAACGAUCUCCCAGGCUGCUGAAUUCCAAGAUCUACGAAUAAAGAUCAAGGAGCGAAAGGUACUUCGGGAGUGGUUUAACAAGAGUCCCUUCAUCAAGUUUCCUGUCCAAGGGACUUUCAGUCUCACAUCACAGAAGGUAGCUUUGAUGCUACAAAUUCAGCUUGGAGGCGUGGAAUUACCCCAGGAUAAUACGGAAUUCAACAUGAUCAGGAGACAAUUCAACAUCGAGACAACCAUUAUUUUCGAGAGAGUACAACGACUUAUUCGAUGUGUGAUUGACUGCAAAGCCUCGGACUCCGAUUCUGUUGCUGUUCGCCAUGCCUUGGAUCUGGCUAGAAGCUUCUCCGCGCAGUUUUGGGAAAACUCAAACCUUCAGCUUCGACAGAUUCCACAGAUAGGCCCAGUAGGACAUAGGAAGCUCGUGGACAGCAACAUCGAUACUGUACAAAAGCUUGCUGAGGCUGAAACUGGGCGUAUUGAGGCAAUCUUAUCAAAGGCUCCAACAUUUGGCCAGAAAAUGAAGGAACUCUUAGCUGGCUUCCCUCGUUUGAUCUUGACAGCUGACAUCACCGGACAAACUACCGUCAGGAGAGGACAAAGCCCCAAGGUUAAUGUCAGAGCCGAAUUAGGAUACUCAAAUGAGAAAAUCCCGGUAUGGUCUAACAGAAAGCCAUCGGUUACCUUCAUGGCUGAAACCACGGAUGGUACGCUUGUCCAUUUCUGGCGUGGCAACAUCACACAGAUGGCGAAACGGCUUGAGCUGAAGUUCACGGUUGAACUGUCAGGACACGCGGAACAGAUCAAGUGCUGGAUUGCCUGUGACGAGAUAGUUGGAACUGUGAAGACAUGUGUUCUUGAACCCAACAUCCCCGCUUCUGCAUUCCCUCCACCUGCCCCAAAGCCUACACCUAAGGCCGCAGUCUCCCCCAAAGUAGUGGCCCAAGUUGUUCCAAAGGCAAUUCCUCGUGGCAAGUCUGAUGAGUUCGGGACCGAUGAACUUUCAGAUGACGAGAUGUUGGCUGCCGCAGAUGAAGUCGAAUAUAAGAAAUACUUACUUUCUAAGAUCGAUUCUAAGGUCGGCAUCGUAAAUAGAGACUAUCCUCCAUACCAGUCUCUCCAGGAUUACAAGCAAGAUACGGAACACUUUGACGAUAUUGACGAUCUCGAUGGCAAGACCAAAGCUGUCAAAGACAAGAAGAAUACGCAGCGUGUGGAUGAAGAGGAAGACUCAAAAGACGACGAUAUCAUCCAGUCGGUGCAAAUGGCCAACGGAAGAUGGACUUGCCAACACGUCUGCCGUGACGGUCGCGUCUUGAAGACGGGCGAGCCAUGCAAGCAUCGAUGCUGCAAGGAAGGCUUGGAGAAGCCUCGACCUCAAGCAAGAAAGGAUCCAUCAGUUCAAGGUGCAAAGCCGGCAGCUGCUAAGAAGAUAAAGAGCUCCCAAGGAUCCUCUGCACCCAAGCUCAAGGAAUCAUCUUUUGACGUAAAUGACAUCUCAGAUGCGGAGCUUGUUGAUUUGACUGAAGUGCGUGCUCCUGCCACGGCUACGUAUGGUAAGACGGCUCCGCGGGACCACCAAAACUUUCAUGAUCAUUAUACAAAGGGACAAUUGGACGUGCCGACCCUGCCAAAGACCAAGCCACAGCUUUCUUCCUCGAGCGGCGAAAAGCCAGGACUCUCCUUCUUUCAACAGCAGGAUGAUCUUAGGGGCCUCUUUGACUCUUUGGAGCCUGAGAAGCCGAAUGGAUUUGAACCGAUCAGAAGUCUGCAUGACGAUAUGGCAAGAUUCGAUGAGGCUUACUUCGAACAAACCCCGGAAGAUGAUUAUGAAGUCUCGCCCUCCUCGCUCCACGACGAUACUAUGCAUGGCUUUGAAGCAGGCAUGAGUCUUUUUAUAUCACCUCAGGUCCCUCUUCAUGCUCCACAAGAUUCUGUACCCGAUGUGAGCUUUUCGAAUGACCUUUUCGACUUUAAUACUUAUGAGGGUAUGAUGGACAUCGAUCAUGAGCACUCAGAUAAGGCGAGCACAGAUCAAUUGAAGGGAGGACAGUCGUCGUCACCGGCAGUUCGGAACCCACCGCAGAGACAAUUAUCUACGGAGGAUGCUAAGCCCGCUGCGAAGCGUCUACGACUGUCUAACGCUGAAUUGGUUGAAGAACUAUCUCAGCCAGAAUGGACCAACGAAGUUGAUCAAGGGCUGAUUGACUCUCUCAAGAAUUUCGUUGACUUCGAAUAAUUGACAAGGGGAAGAACGUUUGCAUUUGCAUGGCAUAGUUGGACUGGGAUUGCGAUGGAGUUGAUGGCAGGCGUUUGUUGCUAUUGUGUACACUGAUACCCAUUUGCGUUGCUUAGCAUAGAGAGCUUAAAUUUAGCUAUGAAUCCUUUGCAC